AUGACCGACCAAUCCGAAACCGGCCUCCCGCCCAACUGGGAGGUGCGCCACAGCAAUUCCAAGAACCUUCCCUACUACUUCAACUCGGUCGAGAAGGUCUCACGCUGGGAGCCGCCCGCGGAGACCGACACAGAAAAGCUCAAGCUCUACAUGGCCGAGUACCAUAGCAACAAGGGCCUGGCCGCGGGCACAGGCGAGGACCGCCAACCGGGUAAAAUCCGCGCCGCCCACCUGCUCGUCAAGCAUCGCGACAGCCGCCGGCCCUCGAGCUGGCGCGAGAACACCAUCACCCGCACCAAGGAGGACGCCUACGAGAUCAUCAAGGCCCACGAGGCCCGCAUCAAGGGCGGCGAGGUUUCGCUGGGCCAGCUCGCCCUCACCGAAUCCGACUGCAGCAGCGCUCGCAAGCAGGGAGACCUUGGGUUUUUCGGGCGGGGGGACAUGCAAAAGGAGUUUGAGGACGCCGCGUUCGCGUUGCGAGAGGGCGAAGUGUCCGGGAUUGUCGACACCGCCAGCGGGCUACACCUAAUUGAGAGGCUCGAGUAA